CUUCUCAGCUCACAAGUAUAUGAGAUAAUUUGGUGCGUAAUGCUAAGACACGGCCAAGCUGUCGGGUCCAAUCAGAUCGCCGACGAUCAACAAUUGACGGCUAACGGCCAUAAUCGUUAAGUGCCCGACAUGCUCGCCGACAUUAUUGUAGAAAGGCCGAUUUCGUUUUCGGGCUAUUCCGAAAAUGUAAAACCGGGCCGACCCACCCACCCGAUCUUCAGCAUGCUGCGUUUGCAUUUUGCUCCAAGUAGAGUAGAGAAGGUGCAAGGCUUCCUCUUCCAGCCUUCCUCUCGUUGUUGUGAUUCGACACGCUGCUGUUGAUCUCCGUGGCGUGGACUCCAUUCCUCCACUGUUUGACUUUGGCAUUGCGAUGUCAGUGGGAGUCUAGGUGUUUUCUCCGGUUCUCGCCCGUUUGGUCUAGGGUUUCUUGGAUGCGGAUCGGAUCGUCCCUCCUCUAUACCAGCACAGAGAGUUUGAUCGCACAUGAUGGAUUUAACAUGGCUAAGUGCCAUUAUACUUGGGGCGGGAUGCCUUGCUCUGGGAUACUAUAUUGGUGCAUAUCAUCCUUCUCGCUUCUUGAUCCCCGCUAGAGCAUCCAAAGGGCCAACUGUUGCUACUGGGAGCAAGAAGAAUAAGCCAAAAGAUCCCCUAGAGAUUGAAGACUUGGCUGAAAUCUUAGAAGAUUUUAAAAUGGUUUUGGUUGUGAGGAAUGAUCUAAAGAUGGGAAAAGGGAAGAUUGCCGCCCAGUGUAGUCAUGCAACUUUGGGUCUCUAUAAAAAGCUCCUUCAACGUGCACCAAAAGCUUUAAACAGGUGGGAGACGUGUGCACAGCCUAAGGUGGUUGUCAAAAUUGAGAGUGAGGAAGAUAUGCUUGCUUUGCAAGAAAGGGCGAAAUCACUUAAAUUACCAACCCAUAUUACAAUUGAUGCAGGGAGGACACAAAUUGCACCAAAUUCAAGGACCGUGAUGGCUAUUCUUGGACCCAUUGAAGUCGUCGAUGAUGUGACUGGUGGACUGAAACUUUUGUAGCAUGUUCUUGUCCAAAGUGGCCACAUGUUUUGCAACAGGAAAGACGAACUGAUAUAAUAAUAGGAAGGAUUGAGUAUGAAUUGACGAGAUAUGCAAUAUGAGUCCUCCAUGGUUCUCCCUUGAAAUCUGUCUUUUGGCAGGCACAGGCACAAAUUAUUAGCAAUGACGACGGGAAAGUUCUAGGUCCAAAUUAAUUUUUGGAUGCACUUGGGAGCUAAAUAUUAUGAUUUUGCUAAAUGCCAGGUGAUGUGCAUUGAAAAAAGAAAAUAUGCUCUUGAAACUUGAUUUCUUUACCUUGAUCUGGAUUCAGCAAUGCACUUUGUUGAAAACUUUAUCCAUAGUAUAUUGAUGAAUUUAGAAGACCUUGAAUA